UCGCGAUCAAAUCUAUACGCAGCCAUGAGUGCCGGCGAGUUAGCAUGCAUCUACUCCAUCUUGAUGCUCCACAAUGACGGAAUCGCAAUCACCGCGGAGAAGAUUAACACUAUCUUGAAAGCUGCUGGCGUCACUGUCGAAUCAUACUGGCCAAGCUUAUUCGCCAAACUUGCUCAGAAUAAGAGCAUUGACGAUCUCGUUUUGAACGUUGGCGUUGCCGGUGGUGCCGCUGUUGCCGUAUCUGCUCCUGCCGCUGUUGCUGCUGGUGGAGCCGCUGCAGCUGCCGCACCUGGCGCUGAGGCCAAGAAGCUUACCAAAACACCAAUUACUCUCAUUCUUCAAAAAGGUAUUGUCUUUAUUCACGCAUUUCGGAUGAUAAGCUUUAAGGCAAUCCCUUUAAGCACCACAAAUCAAUUAACCAUAAAAAGAAGGGUCACUUUUGCAAAUUUGUGUGACGAGGAAGAUGUCUCAGUUGCCAAAGCACAUUACUUUAGUCAAAGAAAGGGGGAAGUGAUGGAAAAGAACCCAACUUCUAUAUCCAGUAACGCUGAAUUCCAUUGA